AGCCCUGCAGAAUACUUCACAGUGGGAACUAUCUCCAGAAGCCGAGAAGCAGCUGCAUUAGUUUCCGGCUUCUGCUGGUCAGGCUCUUGCUGAGUGAGUGAAUGAGCUACCGAUCCUCCCCUGCGUAGGAAACAACGAAUGGCUGUGCCGAGGCUCAUAGCACAGACAACGAAGGAAAAUAGGAUGAUGAUGAUUACGGAUGCAUUGGCUCCAGCUUCGGUCGAGCUCGAGUAAGGCUUCCACCUUCCACAACUUUGCAGAACUGGCUUGGUGGGUUAUGUCUGUGUUUCAGUCUACUUAAAUGCAAAGAAGCAGCAGAAGAAGAGGGCAUCUAGAGAAAUCAUCAAGGGUGGGAACUGAUACUAGAAGAACACGUGUCAUUCUGGAUAACCAAGAAUUAUACAAGGAAGAAGAGCAACGUGAUAAUGAUGGGUUUCGAUCCAAGGCCACACAAGUACAUAUUCCAUUACUCACAACUAAAACUUGCCUUGCCAUCAAGUUCACAGACUUGGAAUUGCAGAGCUUGUUGAUGGACAUGUAGCUCUGAUAAUACUGGACAGGGAGAGAAAUUUUGGUCGAAUAUCAGGAAAAUUUAGGAAGGGGAGCAUUGGUGCACCAGUUAAGCUGUUACCGUUGUGAUCUAGAGGUUAUGGGUUCGAGUCCUAGAAACAGUCUCUUGAAGAAUAUUUUGCAAGAUCAGGUUUGUCUACAAUAUGCCUUUGUGGUGAGAUCUUUCCCGAAUCUCGUUCAACGAGAUGCUUUGUGUACUGGACUGUCCCUUUAUCCUGAAAAUUUAGGUAAUCCAGAUUCAUAUAUGAAGGUUUCGUUUAUUACAAUUUGAUAUACUUCUGCUUGUAUCCAAGGGUUUUGGCUAUGUAGAUUAUGGAUAUUGGAGAAAAUGUUGGGUACACCUGACCUGAGUGUUGGAAAGCGAAAAUUAUCUAGAAAAAUAUAGAUUUGUAACACAAAAAAGGCGUAAUAACAAGUUAUACAAGCUGUGUAUUACGGGUCGGAUAAUGAAAAUUAAUAAGGUUAUGUAUUUUUUGGGUUUCUGUCCAACUAUAGACAAUUAGACAUACUAUUUUUGGUUUUUGUUUCAUCUGCUCAGAGACAGAGUGGAGAGACACUGAUGAAGAUACAAAAGCGCAAGGAGCGGGAUUGAUGAGAUGGAAGAGCCGUAUUCUUGACCUCGACCACGAUCCCAUUUCUCAGGAACCUUCCAACUAGUUAGUUUCCUCGUACCUUGGAACUCCCCCUGUUUUCCUGUCCUAAUUAUCAUUGUUUCGGAAGACCGAUGCUGGGAAAGGGAGUUUAUUUAUUUACAAGGUUUCCAACUGGAAAGAACAAUUAGGGAGGAACACAUCCCGUCUUGUCUUCUAUCUAACUCUUGUCUCUCAAUAUGAAAUUCUGCUUGGGAAGAAUCUCCUCAAGAGACACGUUUUCUGCUCUGUUAAUUUCGUAUACUUUUCUAAUUUCGCCAAGUUUGAUUCCUCCUCUGUAUCUCCAUAAGUACAGACUAUAGGUAUCGACCCCUUUCCGUUGAAUGCAGAGAAGUUGAAGCAUUGAAGAGGAUUACAUCAAUGGCAUUGUGGUCACAUCAGUCAAUUUGGCAUUCGAUGGUUCUCUCUCUUGGUUCGGAGGAAUUUCGAACAGAGGAGAGAGAGAGACGUAAUGGGUCACCACGAACCACGCCGGAGAACCAUCCGAAGGAAUCAAAAUCUGGGCUUUGUGGGACGAGGAGAGUAGCUGUUGAUGGAGAAAGACGAAUUAGGGUUUGUCACAAUUUUGUUUUUAGUUUUCAUGGAAGGGUGAUGUGGGAACAACGUGUGUAGAGCGUGUGACUGAUGAUGCUCUUUUUGUAAAUGGGUUAGAUUCAGAUCGCAACGUUAAGCUCCUUUGCCGUUUGAGCUUUGUCACCGAACCCUCCCUUCUGCGCUCUCGACGUGACGAGAGACAACACCCACUCCUUUCGAAUUCUCUCUUCUUCUACCCUCUCCAAUCCUUUAGGGCUUCUGGGUUCGUCGGAUUUGAAUCUCUCUUUCAUACCCAGAAAUCCGAUCUACCCGAGAUCGACCAUGGUGGUCGAGGAUGAAGUCAAAUGGGUCGUGGAGCAUGUAAAGGAGCUUCAGGAUUCUGCCUCCUCCUUCAUCUCCUCCUCUUCCCAGGAGGAGCAAUCCCUCCGGAAGAGAUCCUCCGCCCUCGACGGCUCCAUCCGCCGCCUCCGCUCCACCAUCCUCUCCCUUCUCUCCGACAAGCGCCUCGAUCCCAAGCUCGCCGAGAAGCUGGAGGAGGAUUUGCAGCGGGCGAGAUGCAUGCUCGCCGAUGGAGAUGCCUCCGCCUUUCUUCCCGCCAAACGUCAAGGACGGUUCCUGAGAAUGUUUUUGGGGCCUGUGAAUGUUCGAGCCUUGGGUAAGGACAUCCAACUCAAAGUCAAAGAAGAAUACAAUAGCUACAGAGAUAGAACUGCUCUUCUUUUCCUUGUUUUUCCUGCAACCCUUUUGAUUCUUAGAUCUUGGUUGUGGGAUGGAUGUUUGCCCGCAUUCCCUGUUCAACUGUACGAGGUUUGGCUGUUGUUCCUCUAUGCUGGUUUGGCUAUGCGAGAGAACAUAUUGAGAGCCAAUGGGAGCGAUAUCCGUCCAUGGUGGGUUUAUCAUCACUAUUGCGCGAUGGUUAUGGCCAUCGUCAGCCUCUCAUGGGAAAUCAAAGGACAACCAAACUGUGCUCAAAAGCAGAGAGGAGUCCAUCUUUUCUUGCAAUGGGCUAUGAUGCAAGGUGUGGCAAUGCUUCUACAAAAUAGAUACCAACGCCAAAGAUUAUAUACCCGCAUAGCACUAGGAAAGGCUAAGAGGAUGGAUGUUGUAUGGGGAGAAACGGCCGGAGUUGAUGGACAAAUAUGGCUAUUGUGUCCUUUACUGUUCAUUUUGCAGGGUUUCGAGGCAUACGUUGGACUGAUGUUGUUCAGGGCAGCAUUAUAUGGAGUUGUCCCUGAGUGGCAGGUGAUGUUUUGUGGAAUUCUUCUAGUGGUGAUGGCAGUUGGGAACUUUGUAAACACUGUCGAGACGCUGAUGGCAAAGUCGAGGUUCAAGGCAAAGAUGAAGAGAAGUAAGAGCAAGCAAGAUCUCUUUUAGACUUCCAAACUUGUAGGAUUAGUCUUUUUUUUUACUGAGCUUUCGAUAGUUUUCUGAUGGGAGAAUUCCAUUUCAACUGUGACCGCUUGUGGGUUCCAGAAUUUGAUCCUCAGGUGCUGAUGCUGUUUAAAACAAGUUUGUAUCUUUUGAAUCUUAUGCCCAUCUUGGAUUCCAACCUCUACAUAUAUAUACACACUCACAUUCAGGUCAAUGGAUGGUUUUUUUUUCUUCU